AUGUGUACAGAGAAUACAUAUUCUAAACAUUACUUAAAUCGCCGAACAAAUGUUGAAGCUGAAGUGUACAAACUUGUUUUAUUUCCACCCGACAAUUCAAUUGCAGUUGUUAAAGCAAAACAAUGUUCUCCAGCGGAGCAUGAUGGUUUUUAUUUUGUACAAAGUGGAAGAAAGAAAUUCAUGGGAGUCAUACUUGAAGAAGAACAAAAUUCUAAUAUUCAACGACAUACAGCAUCUACGAUAACAGUAUCUCCUAAAUAUUCAGUAGAUCAUGCUAAUACUGUUCAACCAUCAAUUGUGAACAAUAAUGAUGAUUUUCCAGCUGUACUGUCGUCGACAACAACAUUAGGUGAAUAUUCUACAUCAACAUCUCACAUUGUACACAAAUCGAACAAAAAACAUGAUAAGCGUUUCAAGCACAAACGACGUAAACAAUCUCAACAUGAAACAUCAGUCACGUUAUUUGAACCAUUUGACAAUACCGACAGCGAGUCCAACGACAAUGAAGACGAAUCAUCUGCUAAUAGUCG